AUAACACUCGUACCGCUCUUUUCGGAUCUGCUUGUCAUGUUACCUCCAGAGCACGCCGCCCAGGAUCUGGGUAAUGUCCUGAUCAUAGGAGGAUGCGGUCUCCUUGGCCGCCACAUUGUCAAAUUUCUCCUCGAGAACGACAAACCCGCCAGCGAAAUCUUCGUGUUCGAUAUAUCCAUCAAACAAAAUCGUUUUAAUGGUAUCACUUACAUUGCCGGAGACCUCUCUCACAAGGACGCCGUGUCCGCAGCGAUGAAGCAAACGAAUCCCAAUGUCAUCAUCAACGUCGCCUCUCCCGAUGCCAUGACCCCAGAUAAAUCCGUCUUCGCGAAAUGCAACAUCGUGGGAGUGCAAAACGUUAUCGAGUGCGCACAAGAACAGGGGAUUCGUGUUCUCGUGCACUCAUCCAGCUCCGAAGUCGUACAGGACUCAUACCACGACAUGGUAUGGGCUAAUGAAAACUGGCCGGUCCAAGAAAAUCCAGUCAAUGGCAGUGUUUACGCAAAAACCAAGGUUGUUGGUGAAGGCCUGGCGCUUGCCGCAAACGGGCAGAAGGGGCUCUUGACAACCGUGAUCAGACUGUGUACGAUCUUUGGGGAGGGAGAUAGAGUGCUCACGAGACACUUUAUUGAACUUGGGAGGAAAGGAACUAUCAAAUAUCAAGUAGGCCAGGGGAAAAAUCUGUAUGACUUCAUUUAUGGAGGAAACGCUGCAGAAGGACAUUUGCUCGCGGCCAAGGCGCUCCUCAAAGCCGCCACUUCCGAAGGGAAAGUUCCCGAAAACAAACGAGUUGACGGUGAAGUUUUCUUCAUGACCAACGGAGAGCCGUGGCUCUUCUGGGGUGCUGCAAGGUUCGUCUCCAACGCGGCCGGCUAUCCCAUAACCGAACAGCAAGUCUGGAAGAUACCUAUGGAGCUGGUAUGCUUCUUCAUGCAGAUCUGGGAAUUGGUAUACUGGGUCUUCACGUUUGGCGGUGAGCCAGAGGUCAAAGCGAAGAUGCUGCGAUAUACUGGCCAGAUACGCACCUUCGACAUCACUAAAGCAAGAGAGAGGCUGGGAUAUGAGCCCAGGGUUAGCAUGGAAGACGGUUUUCGUCGUGGGGUGAAGUGGCAUCUUGACCAGGACAAGGGUCAUGCGAAACGUUAG